AGUGGGGGUCGGGGUGGGGGGGUGGGAACUGGCGGCUCUCUGACCCGCUGCAGCCGCGGACUCGGGCUCCUACCGAAUUGGAAGACGGGGUAAGCGCCUUCUUCUCCUCCUCCUCCCUCCGCCCCCCUCUCCUCCUCUUCUACCAUCGCCAGCUUCCUGGAACCGGACACCGAGGUGCCCGCCGCCCGCCGGUCUUGACUGUGGCGGAUGGGGGAGCGCGCACCUGUGAGCGCGCGAUGGGGGUGUUCCCUCGACAGAUACCGUAACCAUCAGAUACAAGGCUAUGAUCACGGCAAAUCCAGACAACAGCAGCUGGGGCAGGGGUUCUUUCCCGAGAGAUUCCGAAAUCAGCAGAUAGAGUUCCUGAGGGGACAGCUCCUAGAAGUGCCCCUUAUCAGAGAGCAGGCAUCAACAUCUUUUCUGACCAGGGAAAGGCCAAGGUUUCCAGCACCAUCUGCUAACGUGAGGCAGCCUGGGAAUUGGAAUACUGUAAGGCCUCCUCCUAGCAAUCCCUCUCCCUGGAAAGGCUCACCUUCCCCAAGAGGCAGAGCCCCAUCAAGGCAAGGUGUAGCUAAGCUUACUGCUAAUUUCCAACAGCUGUCUAUCAAUCAAGAUCAGGAGCAAAGAAUUUUGAAACUUCUAGAGGAUCUUGGGGAAGGGCAAUCUGCUACAGUGUAUGAUCUCGCCAAGAAACUUGGGGUCCAAAAGAAGGAAGUAAAUCGAGUUUUGUACCAUCUGCUGAAGCAAGGGAAGUUACAUAGGGAAGAAGGCACACCCCCUAACUGGAGAAUCCCAACCCCAUUCCAUGCUUGGAAACAGUCUAACCAAGCUGUGAGACCACGUGUGAGACAAGGUAUCAGAAAGGGUCCAAACAGAAGCCCCAGUCCAGACUUUGAAGACGAAAGUUUCAUACCUGACUCAAACGAUCCCCUUAGUUCUGUCAACAUGGCCGAUAUCAAGGAGAAAAUCUGUGCCUACUUAUUUGAUGUUCCAGAUUCCUCUUCCCUAAACUUAGCAAAAAACAUUGGCCUUGCUAAGGCACGAGAUGUAAAUACCUUACUCUUUGACUUGGAAAGGCAAGGAGAUGUUCGAAGAGAAGGAUUCACUCCACCCAAGUGGUCACUGACAGUCAAAAAGCGAGAGAGGAUGCAACUUAAAAAAAAUGAAAAUAUGUCCCAGACAGAUAUUGGGGUUGACCCAGGUAACUCAGAUGUCACCACCAGUAGGAAAGGAGAAGAGAGGGUUGAGAAUGGACAUCAACCUCCAUCAAGGCCAAGAGAGGAUGGCAUUGUGGCUAUUCCAGGUUUUUUUUGAGGAUCCCCAGUUCAAGACAAUGACCCCCUCAGACAUGAGAUCGAAAAUGGUCAGUGGGCCACAGAUGACAUCCCAGAUGAUUAAAGUAUUAAGCAGGGAGAUGACCUGCACGCCAUAAUGGAUCUACCCAACUACAUGGCCCGUGUUGGUGCCUAAUCACAGUUCACAGCUAUCAAGAAACUAACAGCUUGCAGACAGAAGAACCCAAUCAGUGGACUAGAAUAUGCUCAGUUCACCUGCCAGACCUGUGAGUUCACACUUUUAGAGCAGAGUGGCCCAUCACAUGAACCCAGAUUUAAAUACCAGGCUGUGAUCAGUGGCCGGCGGUUCCCUCCAGCAGAAGCUGGCAGCAAGAAGCUGGCCAGACAAGAUGCCGGCAAAGCCAUGACAAUCCUAUUUCAAGAGUCUGGAGCCCAGGAAGAAGUGACCUCACCAGGGCUCCCGCGACCUGUGGAGGAAGGACCAGAGAAGCCUUCGGCUCCGGAAGUCUGAUGCCCAGUCCCAUCAGCCCCUCAAGUCUUCUUUUGGCAAGAAUCCCAUUAGUGUUUGAUGGAGCAUGUGCAAAAAUCCGGGAGCACCUGUGAAUUCCUCCUCAUAUCCCAGGAAGGCCCAGCUCAUGACCCCAAGUUUAAAUACUGUGUAAAGAUGGGGAGUCAGACGUUUCCAACCAUGAUGGCUAAUAGCAAGAAGGCAGCAAAGCAGAUGGCGGCUGAGGUGGCUGUGAAGGCUCUCUGUGGAGAUCCCUAGCCUGACCCUUGGACAAGCAGGUAUCCAAGCAUUGACUACUUUAAUGAUCCUCCAGCACCCCUUGCUGGCCUAGGAGAGCCAACACCCAGCAAGGCAAAGAAAAUUGGGGAUCUUAUCAAAUACCUGAAUGCCAACCCUAUCAGCGGCCUAUUUGAGUAUGCCCGAUCCAAUGGCUUUGCUGCAGAAUUCAAGCUGGUUAGACAGUCUGGACCUCCUCAUGAGCCCAAGUUCAUUUACCAGGCAAAAGUUGGGGGUCGAUGGUUCCCUGCAGUCAGUGCACACAGCAAGAAGCAGGGCAAGCAAGAGGCAGCCGAUGCAGCUCUGCGUGUCCUGAUUGGGGAGACAGAGAGAGCAAAGCGCACAGGAGGCGUGGGCAUUUCAGAGCUUCCACUGACUGGCAGCACCCUCCAUGAUCAGGUGGCCAUGCUGAGCCACCAGUGCUUCAGCUCUCUCACUGCACCCAUCCAACAUAGCCUGCUUGGCCGCAAGAUCCGCGCCAUCAUCAUGAAGAAGAGCGAUGACGACCUGGGCCUUGUGGUCAGCUUCGGGACAGGGAAUCGCUGUGUAAAGGGAGAAGAAUUGAGUCUAAAGGGGGAGACAGUCAAUGACUGCCAUGCAGAAAUCAUCUCCCGGAGGGGCUUUAUCAGGUUUCUAUACCAUGAGUUAAUGAAAUACAGUCCCAUGUCUUGGAAAGACAGUAUAUUUGAGCUCGCCCAUGGAAAUAAGCUACAAAUAAAAAGGAAUGUGACUUUUCACCUUUACAUCAGCACUGCCCCUUGUGGAGAUGGUGCCCUUUUUGACAAGACCUGCAGCGAUCCUCCGGAGGGUUACAUGGACACCCAGCACCAGCCACUCUUUGAGAACCCAAAACAAGGCAAGCUGCGCACCAAGGUAGAAAAUGGAGAAGGUACAAUCCCAGUGGAAUCGAGUGACAUCCUGCCAACGUGGGAUGGCAUUCAACAUGGAGAACGACUGCGUACCAUGUCCUGCAGUGAUAAGAUUCUGCGUUGGAAUGUGCUUGGCCUGCAGGGGGCAAUGCUCUCCCACUUCUUGCAGCCUAUUUAUCUCAGCUCAGUCACUCUUGGUUACUUGUAUAGCCAGGGACACCUGACACGGGCGAUCUGCUGCCGUAUGUCCAAAGAGGAAAGUGCAUUCCGAGAAGGGCUAAAGCCUCCGUACACUGUCAACCAUCCUAAGGUGGGUAGGGUCAGUGUGUACGAUUCUACCAGGCAGACUGGGAAAACCAAGGAGUCCAGUGUUAACUGGUGUGUGACUGACAGAACUGAAAUCGAGGUCCUGGAUGGCACCAAAGGCAAAGUGGAUGGACCAAGACUUGAUGUAUCACGGCUCUCUAAGAGGAGCAUGUUCAGCCUGUUUCAGCAGCUAUGUGCCCACCACAACCGCAAGGACCUACUGAGGCUUGUUUCCUAUAAUGAGGCCAAGGAAGCUGCCCGGGACUACCAGGUGGCCAAGCACUACUUCAUAAAAGGUCUGAAGGACAUGGGCUUCGGCAGCUGGAUCAGCAAACCUCUGGAGGAGAAAAACUUUUCCCUUUGUGAUGCAUAGUGUGCUCAAUCAGCUGGUUAUUCGGGGAUGUUUCAGGGUCUGGGGUGGGAGGUGGGUGACAUCACUCUUUAUUAUGUUGGUGUUUUGUUUUGUUUUGUUUUUAAUGGACCCAAGAUUGCUACUAUUUAGGGCUUUGGGUUCCCAUUUGUCCUGCCUCCUCUUGGUUAUCGGAGUGGGCUGGGGUGGGCUAGGCCUUGCCACCACCUGUAUUCCCAGAGAAGAGGCAGAAGUCUAUGGGGGAGAGCAAAAGCAGUCAUUGGGCAAAUGCAGGCCAUUCCCUCAAGCUUUUUCUUUGCUACGUUCACUUCUUGAGGUCUUGAUUAGGUUUGUCAACUCUUUGUGAUUCAAAAACUGAUAUAAUUUGUGGAUUAUCCCAGGUCCUUUGGCUUCUCCACCUUCCCUUCUUUCCCCUUCCUUUUAACUGUCUGGAUCCUCCACAUUUCCCCCUGAGGAGGGUGAAAUGUGGUGAGAGUGGUAUGUUUCAGGUAUUAGCCAAAAUAGUUGCAAAGAGAAGAAAGGCUGAAAUGACACAGUCAACUUGGUUAUCUGUGCCAGUUAAGGAAAACUCUACAGCUAAUCUACCCAGAAAACCCCAGUGGAGAGUAGGUGGAUGUGGAAGGCAUGCUACUGCCUCAGAGCAGUAGUGGGAGAGAGGGAGCAAAGGAGGAAAGAAACUUCCAGGGGGGACAUUUUUGGCUCCCCGGUGCAGUGGGGGCAAGAACGCUACCAGAUGGGGAUGGUGCCCCCGAAUGCCAGCUGUUAGUACACACCAUUGCUAAUGAUGGCCUUUACCCCAAAACAGCUGACUGGGUAGGACAAUCCCUGGGUCAGAUCCCAAAGGUGAUGCAUAACCACCUCAGCCAACACCUGUGAUCAGAUUAUCAGUGGUAAACAAAAAGAGCACACAGUUGCCAUGGGGCUGGGGGGUCAGUUUAAUCUGGUACUAGAUCUCUUGCCAGCUGCGCCAAGGAACAUUGACUUGCAUUAGCAAAAAUAGGGGGGUUUUAAUUAAUUCUUCCCACAAGUAACCAAGAAUUGUCAUUCAAGUUUAAAAUUAGUACCUUAUCCUUCAAUUAUAUUAGAAGUAUUUCCCUGUGGUUUUGAUCAUUGAUUUCUAGAGAUGACUCUCAACCAGUACAUAUAGGCCCAUAGGAUGGUUCCUUUCUCCUGCUUGUUGGGGAGAAAGUGGACAUUGUAGGCAAAAACCAAGGUUUCCUGAAAUUGCCGACUUAACUCUGAAUUAGAUGCCUAGGCCCAAUGUCACCUUAGCCGGGGAAGUGCUUGCCUCCACCUCCAUCACCUUAACUCCCAAGGUGUGGGGUAAAGGUUAGCCAGACAUCUCAGGGAGAAUAGCAGAAACAUUUCACCCUUAACAGCUGUCUUUUCUCUAGCUCUCCCUAGAAUGGAACUGAUUCAGUUAUACCUGUAUUCUUGCCAAGACAUAGCCCUUUCCCCAUCCUUCAAGCAAUCCACUGGUCCACCCAUCUGUUCAUACUCUCUACACCUCCAGAUAUAUAAACUUGCACAUUCAUCUUUUUAUCUAUGUAUACAUGUAUCUAUAUACACACACUUGCUAUGGAGUUACUACAGUCUAUCAGAAAUUAUCUAAAGGGAAUGAGGAAAGCCAGGAUGUCAUGACAUGAUAAGAGUAUCCUGUCAGCAUAGCAGAAUGUCAAAGGGAACUUGUUGGAAAAUAGUGCCCCAUCUACUAAGAAGGAAAAAGAUUCUUGACCCCUGUCUCCAGUGUACUUUCCGUCCCUUUUAGUCAGGUUGAAUAAAGCUGGUAAUAUCCUGGUACCUGCCCCAGAGGGCAGUGCGAUCUUGUGUAGUUAGGAACCUCCUGGAAAGAAGUUCUUUCAUCCCAGGUCCCCAGAUUAAGAGUAUUAUCAUCUCUUUCUUCCUUCUUCAUUACUCGUUGAUGGAAUUGGAAUGUUUGACAAUCCCCAACACAGUCUGCUUUAGUUGGACAUUAGAAACCCACCAGUAAAACAUACUUUGUUGAUUCUGGCCCACAUCAUGAAGAAUGGUGAACUUUUUUUUUUUUUUUAUAAGAAGCUUGCAAUGUAUCAAACACCUCCGUCCCUUAUUAAUGAUUGUUUCUGCUGCAGGAACAUUGAGCAAAGGAUGUGUGUGUGUGUGUGUGUGUGUGUGUGUGUGUGUGUGUGUGUGUGUGUGUGUGUUUGAGCCUGUGAUAAUCCUGUCCCACUCUCUCCUUCCUACUUCAUUCACCCCCAUACCCUCUUUGUCUGCUGCUGAGCAAUGGAGAAAGGGGAGGUGGAAUUUCCCAAGGAUGGAUCCGAUACCAUUUUGUGAGAUUUCUUCUUGAAUCUUUUCUUUUACUAAGCCCCUUAUCAUGAUCCUCCUCAACCUUUCCUAAGGGGUUGGGGGUGGGGGGGGUGCUGUGGUUGAUAAGCCUGAACAGUUGCAAUUUUGUAUAUCCCUUAGAGAAAUCACUUAGCAUAAAUUAUCUUCACUUGAACCUUUCUGACCCUAAAGGGACUUAGUUUGCUAUUGGGGGGGAGGGGGGGGUUGGCUAUUGCUCUUGAGAACAGAACAGAGAAGCAAAUGUAAAUGAAAAAACUGACCACAAUAUACUUGUUUUGUAAUUCUGCCUUUAAGUAAGAAUCCCUAGGUAUCAGUGAUUGAAGCUAUACAUUCCUCAUAAGAAAUAAAAGAAACUUUCUGUAUUGUUAGACAA